GAAGUGUAAAGAUAGGUGGCAGUGCGAGCUUGGAGAAGCGAUUGGGAAGAACCAUAUGGAGGAAACUGUAACACGAAAGCAGGAACUGAGUAGACAUAAAGGCUAGAGUGUUAAAUUAUGCUUUUGCUAGUACGCUCCUCGGUGAGGUGUUCAGCUGCAGUUUUUAACGCAAAACCUUUUUGUAAAAACGAAGUGAUUUCACGAAUUAUUUCCCUCUCUCUCAGAAAAAUGGUGCAUUAUCAGACGGAAGAGAGAGGACGGCCAAACUCGACAGACUACAGGAUUUAUUUUAAAACCUCCGAUGGGAAGUACAUUUCACCUUUCCAUGACAUUCCACUGUUUGCAGAAAACGAAAAGGAAAAUGAUAUACCAACAAAGAAGUUAAAGACUGACUGUCAGGCCCUCUUUAACAUGGUAGUGGAAGUGCCUCGUUGGUCAAAUGCAAAAAUGGAGAUUGCAACAAAGGAGGCAUUAAACCCAAUAAAACAAGAUGUGAAAAAGGGUAAGCUGAGGUACGUGGCCAACGUGUUUCCCCACCGUGGUUACAUCUGGAACUAUGGGGCUCUCCCACAGACAUGGGAGGAUCCCAAUCACACAGACAAAGACACUAAAUGCUGUGGAGAUAAUGAUCCCAUAGACGUGUGUGAGAUUGGGUCCAAGGUGUGCUCUCGUGGAGAGGUGAUCCAGGUAAAGGUGUUGGGAGUUCUGGCUAUGAUUGAUGAGGGAGAGACUGACUGGAAAGUCAUUGCCAUUAAUACAGAGGAUCCUGAUGCCCCAGAGUUUAACAGUAUUGCAGAUGUUGAAAAGAAAAAGCCAGGUCAUCUUGAAGCCACUGUAGACUGGUUUAAGAAAUACAAAGUGCCGGACGGAAAGCCUGAGAAUCAGUUUGCAUUCAACGGGCAGUUCAAGGACAAGGACUUUGCGGUGCAGGUCAUAAGGUCCACACAUGACCACUGGAGGGCCCUCAUGCAAAAGCAGGCUAAAGCUGGAGAGAUACAGUGCCAAAACGCCUCCGUCUGUGACAGUCCUUUCAAAUGCAGCCAGGAGGAGGCCAGUGUUAUCAUCCAGUCGGCCCCAGCAUGUGGAGAGGCCUUACCAGUGCCUGCUGAAGUGGAUAAGUGGCACUUUCUCUGAAAUGGGCUCUAAUCCCAGGAAGCAAAGGGCAGAACCUAAGCAGAUCGAUGACUGAAGCACUUAAUGAGAGGUUUAAUAUAAAGUACUGUAUGACAAUAUAAUGUCCACUCAUUGUACAGAUUUAUUUGUAUUAAUACAGUUUUGUUUUACUUAUUGUUUUAAGUUGAUUUUUAGCUUUUGAAUUUCGGAAAUUGCAGAGCUCACAUAUUUCUACCUAAUAGGAACAGUUUGUAUAAUAUUUUUAUUAUAUUUUCAUGUUCAGAAAAAAUGGGUAUAUUAGUAUGAAAGCAUUUUUGUUAAUUAAUGUCAUGCAGAUUUGAAAUGAAUGAAAGUUGCCAAACAGUUCGCAAUGUGCUUAGAUGGUCACCCAGUAUAAGUUUGAUUCAUUCAUGUGUGUUGUUUAUUUAUAGGACAAAACCCCAAUGGGUGUAUAUUUAGUUUUUGACUAAUAAAUAAACAAUGCAAUACA